AUGGCUCACCUUGCUUGUAUCUCCCAGCAACUUUCUUCCAUCCGCGAUCUUGUUUCUGGAUCAGAAAAACAGGUGUUCAUUGAUGGCUACAGUUUAGAUGUUCCUUCUGUGAUCGCCGUUGCACGCCAAGUCCACCAGCCCAAGCUUGACUCAUCGGAUAACAAGAAAAACACCAUUGCAGCUGCUGUUGCAUUGGUCGCAAAACUCUCGGGAGGCGAGCAGAGCCAGUACGGUGUGACCACCGGUUUCGGAGGAAGUGCCACCACCCGCACGAAGCAAACUGCCCUCCUUCAAAAAUCGCUUCUAGCACAUUGCCAAGCCGGUAUCCUGCCUGUUAUCACCGAGGGCAAGACGCUCACACCCGAGGAACAUGAUUUGAUGUUCCCUCAAGAGUGGAUACGUGGUGUCAUUCUUGUCCGACUCAACUCGCUCAUUCGGGCUCAAUCUGGCACGCGAUGGAUCGUUAUUGAUCACCUUCACAAAUUCUUGACCCACAAUAUCGCACCAUGUGUACCUCUACGUCAGUCUGUGAGCGCGUCCGGAGAUCUUGGCCCUCUGGCUUACAUCGCAAGCGUUCUUACUGGUCACGAGGACAUUUAUGCAUGGCACGGUGAAGGUGCGGACCGUAAGUUGUACAACUCUGCGACAGUCCUGAAAAAUGUCGACAUGAAGCCCAUUGAGCUGAUCGCAAAGGAGGGUUUGUCUCUCAUCAACGGGACUGGCGCUUCCGCUGCAGUAGCCACUAUCGCAGUGCACGAGUGCCAUAUCGCUGCUGUUGCCUCUCAAGUCUUGACUGCGUUUGCUGUUGAGGUCCUCAAAGGUUUCCAGGAGCCAUUCAACCCAUACCUGCAUGAGCAAACUCGCCCUCACCCUGGACAGAUCGAGGUGGCUGCUAACAUCCGUCGUGUCCUCCUUUCCUCUAACCUCGCUCGCACUCACCACGUCGAGUCGGAUCCGGAAAUGAAACUUCGUCAGGAUCGAUACUGCCUUCGUGCCUCGCCCCAGUGGCUCGGUCCCCAGCUCGAGGACAUCCUUUCAGCUCAGAAGACCAUGGAGAUUGAGUUGAACUCAACCACUGACAACCCUAUCGUUGACCUCGACGGUGACUUCCUGCACCACGGUGCUAACUUCAUGGCUAUGGCUGUCACUUCGGCUACCGAAAAAAUGAGACUCUCUGUCCACCACAUCGCCAAGUUGAUGUUUGCCCAGCUUACUGACUUGUUGAACCACACCAUGAACUGCGGUCUCCCACCUAAUCUUGCUGUUGGAGAGCCUAGUGUUGACUACAGUCUGAAGGGUGUGGAUGUUGCUGCUGCCGCAUAUCUUUCUGAAAUCGCAUAUCUGUCUAACCCCGUCAGCACCCAUGUCAACUCUGCAGAGAUGCACAACCAGUCCAUCAACUCUAUGGCCCUCGUUAGCGCUCGCUACACAUUGGAGGUUGCCAGACUUACAAAGAUGUUGAUGUCGACGCACGUAUUCGCCCUCUGCCAAGCUGUGGACCUUCGCGCCAUGGAGACUUCCUUCAGGAAGGUCUUCUUCGCUGCUAUUGAAGCCGAGGCUAUCGCACAUUUCCCCACUGUCACCAUUGACGCCGAAUUCAUGCGCCCUCUCAUCGAUCGCACCAAGAUUCUCCUCAACACUUCGACUGACCAAGACUCCCUACCUCGUUUCGAGUUUGUCACGUCGGAGCUCACCGCCACUUUAUUGCGCCAGCCAACGUUCCUGGCGGCCGACAUCCGUCUCUCCGCUAUCGACCAAUGGCGAGUUGCCAUCGCUAAACAUGGUCACAGCCUCUUCAACGAGAUCCGUGACAACUUUGUCCCUGGAUCUGCUGACUCUGGUCUUUCUCUCCUUGGUCGCACUAGGAUGUUGUACGCGUUUGUGCGCGAGACACUUGGUGUCAACUUGCACUGGGGCCACCCAAGCAGGGAUAGCACGACGAUCGGAACGGAAGUUGCUAAGAUCUACCACGCAUGGGAUACUCCUGCAUUCUCACAACUCUUGGUUGACAUUUUGGAAGGCGAAGUUGAACCUGCUCCUAUUCCCAACGGUGGUGUGGCCAAAGCUAACGGUCACGGGAACGGGUAUGCCAAUGGCAACACGAACGGAUCGGGUAAUGGCUACGCGACUGGUAGCGGAGGUGGAUAUGUGAACUAA